UGCGGGUGUGAGGCAGGAAAAGGGGGGUCACGUGUUCAGACGCGAAUCCACGCCUCACCUCAUUUCGAACACGUCUUCCGGCUUAAGUUGCACAUCAUCCUGCCAACAUUUCAGCAAAACUGCCAUAACGCCCCGGAGACACAUGAACCACAAAUGGCGGCCAAUUCAACGAGUGAUUGGAGCAAUUGGAGAGAACAGGAGUUCCCGUGGGAUACACUUUAUGCGAAUCUGUCCAAAGAACAAACUGAAGAGUUUCGCCGCUUUGUAAAGCAAAACCGACUCGAACUCGAACUCGAAAAACGCAAAGAUGAUUUUCAUGGAAGGAUGAGAUUGCAGAUAGAGGCGUUCGAGGAGGCAGAGCGUCAUCAGUGGCUAGAUACUGUAUAUUCUUUUGGUUAUGCACUUUGGUCUAAGGGCAUCGACGAAAUUCGAAGAACAACUGUCCCGGCUUACACUUUUCUCAAGUUCCGCAAGCUCCCCGUCGAGAUUCAACUGCGAAUAUGGUCCUUGGCAGCAAGUGUGCACGAACCUCAGUUUCAUACGAUCGGCAGCAUAUCGAAUGACGAAACCCAAGGCUUCCUUCCUGAUUCAUAUCCUUAUUGUAUAAAGAGCUCCAGCGGGAUAGAUUGCAGGGAAAUUACGUGGCCCGUGCAACGACCUCCUGUUCCAUCGAUCCUUCAUGUCUGCCAACAGUCUCGAGGUGAAGGCUUGAAGACAUAUACCCGCUUAGCUGUCAAAUAUCAUUCCUGUAGUCAGCCAGGAUGCGAACUAUAUUUCAAUGUUCUCUAUGAUAUUUUCUACAUCGGCAAUGAACCAUGGGAAGGCUUCAAAAUUCUAGUCGACAUUCUCAUAAAAUUCAACACCACGAGACCGCUGCAAACGAAACUUCGUACGGGCAUGGACCAACUUCGAAAUCUGCGGAAUAUUCUUGUGGAUUUAAACAUCUUUGGGGCAGUUCCGGUAGCGACAUGGUCCAAGUUUCCAAAACUCGAGACACUCUCCAUUGUAUUCUACCCCCACAAGGAGAUCCAGGAUGCUGAGCCCAAUGGCUAUUUCAACCGCAGAUUGGCUUUCACAAGACCACAAAAUGGCAGACAUGAGAAGCGUGCUAGCUGGGUAGUGAGAAUGGCAAAAUCAGCCUUGGAAGCAGUUAAGAAGAACACCACUCCUGAUUGGAAACUUCCGACUAUUGAAGCGGUUCUGAGAAGUGAUGUCAUAAGGUAUGGCGACCAUUAUGGCAGUGAUUCGGAAGAAGAUGAUGAGCUAUCCGAGGACGGUUCAACGGGAGAUGACGAUGAGAUCGUCGAAGUGGAUGAUUCGACUUGGUACCAGCAAGCCGCCGCGAGGAUGACCCAUGAGGUCCCCAAGGAGGAAUUAAGUACUUGAAGCGGAGACACCAUCCGAGUCGGAAGGUGAGCUACGGUGGUUCCAGGCAAAAACUGGGGAGAGUGGUUGACAGACAGCGAAACAGAAGGUGGUGGAAGUAUGAUUAUGACCGAAAGUACAUAUAUACAGAUGACGAGUGGUGAAGGGCGAGCCCCUCAUUGCUCACUGUCGAGCUAUUC